CGAGGCUGGUUUGUCGUGCAAACACCCGAGUGCGACCAGCAUCUGGCGGCUGGCCCUCGCUUGAUGAGACGGGCUGUAAUUGGUGUUGGUAUGAUGAGCACAGGGUCUCUGGCUGGGGUGAGCCGUUGCUGCAACAGGGGUGGCAAACCAAACAGGCGCCAAGCCAGAGCUAUACUACUAACGCCAAUGGCUUCCAUGGCGACGCCCACCUCGUCGCGUCUCGUCUAUAGCAUCACCAGACACAUACGGCGACCCAUCUCGGUUCCUUUCUCCGCACAAUCAACGCGCCGAUCGGCUGCCCUCGGAUCACCAGUAGACAGCACAUCUCAGCCUUUUCUCCUCAUUUCUAGCCUCAUCCAUGUCCACCUCUCGGCCUGGACCGCCGACAAGCUACUACAAUACACUACACUAAACGACUGA